CCCGCACUCAUAGUUUGGUGAUCGUUGGCCGAAAUUGUUGCUUAUUAGCUGUGCGAUUCUCUGUCGUUCGCGGGUAGUUUUGGUUCUGAAAGGCCGAACUUUGGUAGAAAAUCGCGGAUAUCCGAUUUGUUGAUGCGCGUCUCGGGCGACGUUUGCUUCUAGGAAGUGUGCGGUGGUUUUAACGUGUGUGAAUAAUAUUGAUUUUACUUAUCAGAGGAAGACGGUUCUAGAAUUUGGUGUUGUUUCUCAGUGGAGUGACAAAUUGGUGUUCUGGAAGGGAACAACUAGAAGAAAUUUGUCUAUAAACUUGGAGAAGAGUUCAACUCAAUUGAAAAAAUGAACCACAGAGCGAGGGCCUUUGUGGGCCUGCUUUGUUUGGGACUAGCGACGGCGCAGCUCAACUACCGGCCCGAGUUUAUCUCGGCCGGUCAGGGCUUUCAGUCGGCCGGGCAAUAUCAAAGUAAAUUAAUUUUCAAACGACAGGCUGGUGAUGGUACUGAUGUCAUACCGCAUGAUAUGAAAAAGCAAACUACUUUCUGGUGGGUUGCGCCAGAUGCUCCUUUCAAGGCUACUAAAAUCGGUGGCGGUGUGCAGGAACCUCCACCUGGUGCGCAGGAUGGGGCAGCAGCCGGGGCAGCUGGUGCUGCUGGGGCCGCUGGGGCUCAAGGAGCUCAAGGGGCAACGGGAGCAGGUGCGGGACAGGCUGGGGUAUUCGGAGCUACUGGAUUCCAGUCUUCGGCAUUUGGGGCUGCUGGUGCAACAGGGGUGACACAGACGGGUGCAUUUGGAACCGGUGGUCGAACAACUAUUUCCAGAACAUCAACAGCUACCACGAGAAAUUUUGGAACGGGAACGACCGGAACAGUUGGACAGGUAGGCCAGGCAGGUGUAGUAGCGGGAGGUACAAGAACCAACACAUUCACAUCUACGAAUCAGGUAAGUUCGGGAAUCGGUGGAACCGGAACUCAGUCGGGUGUGACCGGAGGAGUCAGAACGACCAGCAGCUUCAGCAAGACAUCGUCAACUACGGCGACCGGUGUAGCCCCAGUGCCUGUCCCGACUCAAACCGGCGUCCGCACGAAUACCGCCACCACAAUUUCUAGAAAUACUAACACGGCUAUUACUACCACUAAUACGCAACAGCAGCAGCCGCCUCCUUCUCAAACUAACAUCGCUACGACUUCUACUACUGGAACAGCUACUAGAACCACUACAACAACCGGACAAGUAACCGGUGGACCGCCUCCUCCUAUCUUGCCAUCGCAAGGAAUCGGAGGAUCAUCCAUCACCAGAACGCAGGAACGUUCCGGCACUGGACUCACCAGUCACACCAUCACGACCGGUGUGAAUGUGCAACCGUUCUACAAAAAGACCACCGUUACCUCGUCCGGGUAUGACUAUCCGGUUCCGCAGAACGUUCCCUGCUACGAAGCCAACAAGGUUUGCACGCCGAACGAAUAUUGCGUGGACGGAUUUGUGGACGAGGAACAGCUGAACCAGUUCAACACCAACAACCAGAACUGCAACUCAGCCACCGAGCAGUGCUGCAAGAUUCGUCCGGCGCCGCCACCUCCGCCGGCAACGCAGUGUCCAGACGAAAGCUACGUCUGCGUUGCGCCCAGCUUAUGCAACAACGGUUUACUGAACUUUGAUGCGCAGAAUGCGAUCUCGUCGCAGCAACCGAAUGGCCAAUGUUUCGCCCCGGAAGUGUGCUGCCGGUCCCAGUCUCUGAUCUCCGAAUCGACCGUGCUGACCAACGAAGGAUACGUAGUAAGAGUACCAACCAAUCAAUACCUUCCCCCGGAAGGUCAAAACACGAACACCGACAUUGUCACUGCAGCACCACCACCACCGCCAUCACCACAACCACGACCCACUACACCUCGUCCACCACCACCACCAACACCCACACGUUACAUACCUCCCCCAACCACUACACGUUAUGUGCCACCACCAACCACUACACGUUACGUACCACCACCAACUACACAACGUUACGUGCCACCUCCAACCACCACUCGCUAUGUACCGCCAUCAACCACGAAGAGAUAUUUCCCACCACCACCAUCCACGCGCCCACCAUACCGUGGUAAUGAGUAUGUUCCACCAAGGGAAGAAAUUCCAUCACCCUCAAACGACGAUGUUAACGCGGUGAGACCUCCACAGGAUGAAGUCCCGAAUCCAGCCAACGAUACACCGAUUGUGAUACGACCGACGCAACCACCCCGACCAGCCCAGCCGCCAGUUGGCGGAGACGCUCCACCACCACUACCGCCAAUAGGAUGUUCUGCCGCCAUGAACUGUACCGAGACUCAAUUCUGCUCGUCCACCGGUGUUAUCUCGAAGACUCCCGUUACUCUAACUCCAGAGCAGGAACUGUUCCGAGUCCCAGUCACCGAAUGUCGCAGUCCCGACAAAGGCUACACAGGGGUGUGCUGUCGUGAUCCGGACUACGUCGAUCCAUGGCCAGUUGGCUUACUUGGUUUAUACAAUCCAGAAUUGCUUCCCUUCGAUGAUGGUUCCUACAAACCAAAUGGAAAUAACGGUAAUGGUAACGGUAACGGAAAUAGCAUCACCCGAACGCAAACUACACGUACCGAAGCGAUUCAAGGAUCUCAAAGCCGAGUUACGCCUGCCCAAACUUUCCCACCGAACCAGUUGACGAGUGCUAGCCAGACUCAGUUCACUCAAUCUAAGACACAGUAUGACCGCGGAGUAACGGCAGCAGCUUCCACAGGUUCGGUAGUGACAGCACAGCAGUUCAACGGAGGCAGUACAGGUACCAAACGAUUCACUGCCGGAGGUCUUCAGUUUGUGCACAGUGGGAACACCAAAUUUAAACCAUUCCAGAAGCAGAAUACCGGACAGUGUGCCCCUAGGAAUUAUAACACCCAACCCCGAGGAGCAGGUCAGUGGGAUACUGGAUUUGGAGAGUUCCCAUGGCAAGCGAUGGUCAUCCUUGAGUCGAACAAGACGCUUCUGUGUGGAGGAGCUAUCAUUUCGGAGAAUACGGUUGUGACAGCCGCCAACUGUGUUUACGGGCUUAAUCCAAGAGACGUGAUGAUCAAGGGAGGUGAAUGGCGGCUGGGAGUAGAUGCUGAACCAAAGACUUUCCAAAUAGUGCGUGUGAAAAAUGUAGUUUACCAUCCAGCUUACCAACCGGACACAUUGAAUUACGACGUUGCUAUGCUGGUCCUGGAGGAUCGUCUACGAUUUGAUACUCACAUUGGAGCACUCUGCCUGGAUGAGAAUGAUGUCGUGCCUAGUGCAUCCUACGAAAAUUGCGUAACCACUGGAUGGGGACGUGAGGUGCUAAGGAUUCACAUCGGAAACGCUCUGAUGCAUUCUAUGCCAAUCUCGCUGCUAUCGGAAUCGGAGAGCCAACGUCAACUGCAAGCUAACGGAUUCACUCCAGAGUCGCACAUCUGUGGCCGCCCGGCGGCUGAUGCCUGUGAGGUGGAUAUCGGCAGUGCUUUGGCAUGUGCUGACACCAGCGGAACGUACUACCUGAAGGGUGUUUACUCGCAGGACAACGGCUGUGGUCGACCGGACCAGAUCGUGUCCUUCACGAACAUCGACGUGCAAUGGAUCAAACAGGCUUUGAAGAAUCCGAAUCAGUUUAUCACACCUGUGCCGAACUAUCAAACGGCAGCCAACAGUCCGGUGAUCAGCACCAUUCAGCAGCCUUCCACUCUGGGGCCCAACUACGGCAAGGCCUAUCUGCCGCCGUACAAAUAAGUCAAACAGUCGCUGAGAUAUGAAAGAAUUUACUAAAUGUUCUAGAUAAAAACUAUGCUAGCCGAUAGAUAUGACGAAAUGACCACUGUUUUAUCAUACCUAUACGAAUACAUCCUACCGUCAAUCAUUUACCUCCAAAAUCAAUUUUAAAUUUAAGAUUUUUUUUUUCAAAAACAUCAUAUUGUGAUUUGUUACUAGAACAUCAGAGAAUCAUACGCAAAUUCUUCAUCAAAGCAAAAAAGACAAACAUUCACACAUACAUGCCCACACCUACGAAAGUUUCGUUUAGGUAAUUUUUGUUAGUGAUAGAAGUUAUUUGUAUACAAGAACAUAUCGACGAGAGAUUUGCCCUACCAAAUCAAUUUUCAUACUUGAAAAAAAAAAAAACUUAGCUUGUUCUUCAAUCUAACUAGAUUUUGAAGUCUCUCUUAGUAUUCCCCUCCAUGCAAAUAUCCCAAAAAUAUAUUUCGCCAUGUACAAAGUCCAUCUAUCGCUAAUAUUUAGUUUAGAACUGUUUGUUUUGCACUGCAGGGGAUCUAUUUGGCAAAAUUUACACGAGAAAUUAACUUGCAUUAGGCAACAACGGUAUACUUCCGUCUCAACUUUGUUAAAAAAAGAGUUCUUUAAAUUUUGAAAAUAUUUUUUUGUAACCUAGUUAAAGGCUUCACCGUCGAAAUUAAAAUAAUGACACUCACAGUUUUGAAAUUAGUAGCUAUUUCUGUCGCUUACUGGUAGUCACAGGUUACUGCGAAAAAUUGUGAUUAAUUGACAAAAGUAAUAAGUGGAACAGAAUGCAUUUUAAAAUUUUCGUUUGUUCUCUCAUAGUUUGAGUAGUGAAACAGAAAAGAAACAAUUGAUUGCAUCAACAGCUAGCUCUUUAAGGUGACCGUUCGAGAUAAUCGAAAUCAAUGCAAUAACAGAAGUUGUACCUCGAAACGUUCGGUAAGAGGUUUCAAAAUUUUGCCAAGGUUUUAAUUCAAAGCAGAGCUAGACGAUGAGUUGGAUAGAGGUGUUCAGGAUUAUAGAUACAGUGACAACCAUAAAUAUAAUCGAGUGUAACGUAAACAUACUUUUAAUACUAUUUAAAUACCUGUACAUACAAUAUAAUAUAAGAGAUUUUAUAAGAA